UAUGUUCCACCCAUCCAUCCACCCACUCUAUCCAUUCAAGUGAAGCAGCUAGCAAAGGUCUACAAAAGACGAAGAAAAGAUGAUUCAAGAAUUACUUGGUGGCGCAGGGCUUAUAGUAGGGGAGAGGAAAAUGCCGAUCAAUGGAGGGAUUUUAGAAGGAACACCUUCGGUUUCUCCUUCUCCCUCUUCAUCUCCUUCUUCGUCCACCACGUCUGCCACUAAUUCCGCCGCUACUUCCUCCAAUUCAGAGAGCCAAAAUUUGAGGUGUCCAAGAUGCGAUUCCUCCAACACCAAGUUCUGUUACUACAACAACUACAACCUCACGCAGCCGCGGCACUUCUGUAAGACCUGUCGCCGGUACUGGACAAAAGGUGGUGCUCUUCGGAAUGUUCCUAUCGGAGGUGGAUGCCGGAAGAACAGGAAUACCGGUGUUUCCAUUGGAAAAUCCACUGCUGCUAAUAAGAUGAGAACUGUGGUGUCUGAAAUUGGGUUAAGAUCCGGGCUCGGAAAUGGAUCAGACCAUGAUCCGCUUCUUUGGGCCUCUCCAAAGAGCUCCCAUAUUCUAGCCUUACUCAGAGCCAACAGCCACAAUCCUAACCCCAAUCCUGUGAAGCAGGAGGUGGGUUUGAUGGGGUCUCAUUCCCAAGGAAUGACCGAACCACUUGUAACUGGUGCGCUGAAUAUCCGAACCCUGAACUUGGAUCCUCUGAGCCAAGUUCCUUCUCUGGGUCUCUGCAGCCCUUUCUGGAAAAACAACCAGCAGAACGGAAUCAUUUUGAGUGAAGUGCAAAACACGGGGAUUCAAGAACUGUACCAAAGGCUGAAAUCAUCAUCAACAAAUCACUACUCGGAUAACUCGGCAGUAAUUUUCAGCAAUGUAGCUUCAUCUUCAUCUUCUACAUCCAUUUUGGAGUCGGCUCCAGUGGCUGCGGGAGGUCAUGAGUUGGGUUGCUGGAAUCCGGUGUUUUCUUCGUGGUCUGAUCUUCAGACAACAAAUGGUGCAUAUCCUUAAACAGCUCACCUUUCAUACGCUAAUGUCUCAUUUCCUUCCUGUGGUUGUCUUGGUUGUGGUAUGUGCAUAGAAUCGGUACUCUUUUUUUUUUUUUUUGUUUCUCUCUCUCUCUCUCUCUCUUUUUAUUGUGUGAUUUUAGGUGUGUUUUAACUUAUGAUCAGAUAUUGUACCAAGAAGAAAUUGUAGUAAAAGGUGAUCUCAGUU